UGAGGCAAGUAUUUAUUAUAUAAAAAUCACUAUUUAUUAUUAAUAUUAUUAUUAUUUUAAUAUAUUAUUUUAAUAUAAAUAUGAAAUCGCUUCGGAACGCUGAUGACAAGGAUGGAUGACAUUGAGAAAACCCUCAAAGAAAAUGUUAUUGAUAAAGGUCUUCUAUUGGCUCAAACACACACGCUGCGCAAAUGUAAGGUGGUUUUAGCUAAAGUCCAUCACUCCAUUGGACGAUUGGUAGGAGAAAUAGAAAAUCCCAUGCAAAUUGAAAUAGCGUCAAGACUACCAAUCUGCACACUAGACGCCGCGCUGGAUUUCGAAGAUAAAUUAAAUUCGAAAGAGUUUGCUGACGAAACGAAAAUUCAUCUUCAACAAAUAAAAGGAGCAAAUGCAUCUGUAGAUGAGGUGAUGCGAAAAAUCUUCACCGACAAUGUCCUUUUCGAAUUUAGUUUUGAUGGAAGGAAACAAAAACGGGCGCUUAACAAGCUUAAACUUGUUAAUGAAGUUUUAUUCGGUAAUUUUAUUAUUAUUUUUACAAUUAUUUUUAUUUUUUUUUAUUUUUCUUAAUUUUUAUUUAUUUGAAUAUGUAUAUAAUAUGUGUACGGAUGCAAUGGAUGUAAUGAAUGCAAUAAAUUAAUUUUUUUAUAAUAAUAAUAGUUUUUUCAUAACAAUUUAAAAUAAAAAAUUCAAUAAAUUUUUAAAAUUGUAUUUGUUUUAUUUUAUAUGGAGUAGGAUCACAGGAUUAGUAUACGAUACUACUUUACCAUCGUACUACUUUACCAUCAUACUACUUUACCAUCAAACUACUAUACCAUCCUACCAUGGGUUAAAAAGAGACAAGCAUAUGACAAAGUGAUGGUAAAUUUGUAUGCAAAGAAAAAGGAUAGACAACUCACACGUAUUCAAAGUAUGCGAUAGAAUCUUCCCAUGCCUCUGUACAAACUGAUGUAAACUAUUCGAAUUUUUCACGCAUACUAUCCAUAGUUAUACGGCAGGUUUAUGGCAUUAUAUAACGUAUAGUCUUCUUGCUGGGGAU